CUAGAAGGCACGUUACUUACGUUUCAUCGUCGUCGUCAUAUUUGUUGUUUUUACUUUUCUACUUGUAAUUUAGUGACGUCGACAUCAGGACGAUAUCAUUAUAAACAUUUACGUCUUGCGCCACCAUUAAGAGUUGGGUAAGUAGGGGAAUAACUCUAAGAUAUGAUUUUCUAAGCUUCAGUACUAAUAAAUAUUUAUUCGAGUUGUUGGGAAUAAAAUAUUAGGAAGCGGGAUGCGCAUCAUCUGCAGGGACCAAUUGUGGCGGCCUGGAAAUGCACGAUGCAAUCAUGUGGAACAGCAUAGGUGAUUUCCUAAGUUGGUUAUCAUUGCGAAUGAUCAUAGCCCCCUUUUAUUUCCGUGUUUACAGAGGGGUGCUCCCCUCUAACGCUUAUAUAUAUGGGCUUAUUCCCUGCAUCGUAAUUUCUACCAUGUUAUAUAUCUCUAAGGAAAUGUAUGAACUUAGCAGUAGAUCGACUCGUUUUGCCUGUCCCCUCUAGCCUAAAGCAUUAUGGCCCUGCUAGCAAAAGUAGGGCGAAAAGCCAAUCUGUCACCUUCUUUUUGUGGUGAAAUAGGAGAGUAGCAGCUUGAAUCGAGCAUACAAGUGUCAAAUAUUCGGACUACUUACAAUACGACAAGCCUCACGCGAAGGAUGAAAAGAAGCC